CCGAAGGAGAAGGACGAGGCGUGGAGGAGAAACUGAGGAACUAACUUUCCGGAAGCAGGUUUCUUACAGGAAAGCAAUAUCCCGGGCAGGAUUGCAGCACCUGGCUCCUGCACAUCCCCUCAACCUUCCUGUGGCCAACGGUCCAGCCAAGGAGCCCAGAGCCACCCUGGACUGGAGCGAGAAUGCUGUGAACGGAGAGCACCUAUGGUUGGAGACCAAUGUCUCAGGAGACCUGUGCUACCUGGGAGAGGAGAAUUGCCAAGUCAGAUUUGCAAAAUCUGCUCUCAGAAGGAAAUGUGCCGUCUGUAAGAUUGUUGUCCACACAGCCUGCAUCGAACAGUUAGAAAAGAUUAAUUUCAGAUGUAAACCAACAUUUCGAGAAGGGGGCUCAAGAUCACCAAGAGAAAACUUUGUGCGUCAUCACUGGGUGCACAGGCGUCGGCAGGAGGGAAAAUGUAAGCAGUGUGGUAAGGGCUUCCAGCAGAAAUUCUCCUUCCACAGUAAAGAAAUUGUUGCUAUCAGCUGUUCCUGGUGCAAGCAGGCGUUUCACAAUAAGGUGACCUGUUUCAUGCUGCAUCACAUCGAGGAACCUUGUUCUCUGGGGGCUCACGCUGCUGUAAUUGUCCCACCCACCUGGAUCAUUAAGGUGAAGAAACCUCAGAACUCCCUGAAAGCUUCAAAUCGGAAGAAGAAGAGAACAAGCUUUAAAAGGAGAGCCAGUAAAAGAGGAAUUGAACAGGAGAAUAAAGGCCGUCCCUUUGUGAUAAAGCCUAUUUCUUCUCCUUUGAUGAAACCCUUGCUUGUGUUUGUGAACCCCAAGAGUGGAGGCAACCAGGGAACCAAAGUUUUGCAGAUGUUCAUGUGGUACCUGAAUCCACGGCAAGUCUUUGAUCUUUCUCAGGAAGGGCCCAAAGAUGCGCUUGAGUUGUACAGGAAAGUACCAAAUCUGCGAAUUUUGGCCUGUGGAGGGGAUGGAACGGUGGGGUGGAUCCUCUCUAUUCUGGAUGAACUACAGCUGAGUCCUCAGCCUCCUGUCGGGGUCCUUCCUUUGGGAACUGGGAAUGACCUGGCUCGAACUCUCAACUGGGGAGGGGGCUACACGGAUGAACCUGUUUCGAAGAUCCUUUGCCAAGUAGAAGAUGGGACAAUUGUACAGCUAGAUCGCUGGAAUCUCCAUGUGGAAAGAAACCCAGACUUGCCUCCAGAGGAACUUGAAGAUGGAGUAUGUAAGCUUCCUCUGAAUGUUUUCAAUAACUACUUCAGCCUUGGAUUUGAUGCCCACGUCACACUGGAGUUCCAUGAAUCCAGAGAAGCCAAUCCAGAGAAAUUCAAUAGUCGAUUUCGAAAUAAAAUGUUCUAUGCAGGAGCAGCUUUUUCUGAUUUUCUACAGAGAAGCUCUAGAGAUCUAUCCAAACAUGUUAAAGUUGUUUGUGAUGGAACAGAUCUCACUCCAAAGAUUCAGGAAUUGAAGUUCCAGUGUAUAGUAUUUUUAAAUAUACCCAGAUAUUGUGCUGGCACAAUGCCCUGGGGAAACCCAGGCGAUCACCAUGAUUUUGAACCUCAGCGUCAUGAUGAUGGUUAUAUUGAAGUUAUUGGAUUCACCAUGGCCUCUUUGGCCGCCCUGCAAGUUGGGGGCCACGGCGAAAGGCUGCACCAGUGUCGGGAGGUCAUGCUGCUAACAUACAAGUCCAUCCCCAUGCAGGUAGAUGGGGAGCCCUGUCGGUUGGCCCCAGCCAUGAUCCGCAUCUCCUUGAGGAACCAGGCCAACAUGGUUCAAAAGAGCAAGAGGAGAACAUCGAUGCCACUACUCAAUGAUCCCCAGUCUGUCCCUGAUCGCCUAAGGAUCCGCGUGAACAAAAUCAGUUUACAAGACUAUGAAGGAUUUCACUAUGACAAAGAGAAACUCCGGGAAGCUUCCAUCCCUCUGGGUAUUCUAGUUGUGCGUGGAGACUGUGACUUGGAGACUUGCCGUAUGUACAUAGAUCGCCUACAGGAGGACCUGCAAUCAGUUUCUUCUGGUUCCCAGAGAGUUCAUUACCAGGAUCAUGAAACUUCCUUUCCCAGGGCACUCUCAGCUCAGAGGCUCUCUCCGCGCUGGUGCUUUCUAGAUGCAACUUCUGCUGAUCGCUUUUAUCGAAUAGACAGAUCUCAGGAACAUUUGCAUUUUGUGAUGGAGAUCUCCCAGGAUGAGAUUUUCAUUUUGGACCCAGAUAUGGUGUUGUCCCAACAGGCAGGAACACCUCCAGGAAUGCCAGAUCUGGUAGUGGAGCAAGCCUCAGGGUCACCAGUGUCUUCAGAAGAUCAUGCAAUUUUGCAGGCAGUAAUAGCUGGUGAUCUUAUGAAGCUAAUAGAAAGCUAUAAAAAUGGAGGCAGCUUGCUAAUUCAGGGACCAGACCACUGUUCACUCCUUCACUACGCAGCCAAAACUGGCAAUGGGGAGAUUGUGAAAUAUAUCCUCGAUCAUGGACCUUCUGAGUUAUUGGAUAUGGCAGACAGUGAAACGGGUGAGACUGCACUGCACAAGGCUGCCUGCCAGGGGAACCGGGCCGUGUGCCAGCUUCUGGUGGACGCAGGAGCGUCUCUGAGAAAGACGGACUCCAAGGGUAAGACACCUCAAGACAGAGCACAUCAAGCUGGGGACCCAGAUUUAGCUGCUUACCUUGAAAGUCGCCUAAACUAUAAGAUUAUUGGCCACGAGGACCUGGAAACUGCUGUUUGACCCUGCUAGCUGAGUAAAGAGAGCCUGAAUGAGCAUAUCACCUGUGCCCUCCCUGUGAUGGGACAGCUCCCCGGAAGAAGCUGAUGGAAUCCAUAUAUCUGUCUCUCUCCAGCAAGGAUCUACCUGUGGCCAUACCACCAGUUUUUAAGGGCUACCAAGAUUACAACAGAACCUGAUAGCCCACUGAAGAUGAGGCAGGAUACCUGGAGACUUGUGGAUUAUGAGUUCCACAAAAUUUGAUCCUCAUUGCUUACAUCAAGUAGCAUGAACUUCUGUGUUCAACCUAUAUAAUUUAUUUUAAAGAUUCAAAGGAUGUUCGUAUAAAUGGCACUGCCCCUCCUCCCUCUAUGCAUUUAUCCCUCCCCUGUUCCUGUGCAAUUCUACUGUAACUACCCAUCGAUUAAAAAUCAAAAAUGGUA